AGUGACCGAAAAAAGGAGCAGAUAGAUCAUUAUAUUAGAAAACCAGGCUCAAGGACGAAACACAAUUUCUUUGUCUCUGAAGAGGCAACGAUCAGUCACCGGAACCGGAUACAAAAUCUGCAUUCAGGAAAUGCAAAUUGCUUGGCACAAAAAUGCAAGCAAUUGAACACACACAAAAAAGGCGCCAUUUGCAAAACUAUUCAUGUUUUUAGGUCCAAUGCACGUUUGCCCUUAAUUUUUUUAACUUUGCAUGUUUGCUUUUGUUUUUAGUCUUCCAGUUGCAAGAUUGCCCCUGUUAUAUUGCAAAACAGUCUGGGACAGUCUUGCAACAAGAAGACUAAAAACAGAGGUAAACAUGCAAAGUUAAAAAAAUUAGGGUAAACGUGUAGUUGGACUUCAAAAUAAAGAUCGCCUUGCAAUUUUCAAAAAAAAAAGGGGGCAAGAGAUAUCUUAAACGUGCAAGCAAAGGCUUCUAGAGGGUGGCAUGGCCCGGUGUUAUCCUGAUUUCCUGAUCCCAAUCCGUGCCAUGCCGACGCCGUUGCCGUACGCCGGAUAAACACCCGUCGCUUGCUUGCCUGCCGCUACGUGCCGGUGCCGCGCCAUAAGAGCAAACACCCAGUUCAAUUCUCCUCCGCAACCUCCCACCUCCCCUCCGCCUCCCUCCCCUUCGCUUCGAUAACCCCAACGCGCGCGCGCGCGGGCGGCACCGAGCCAGCCAGCCAUGGAGAAGGCGAUCGACCGGCAGCGGGUCCUCCUCGCCCACCUCCUCCCCUCCUCGCCGUCCUCGCAGCCGCAGCUGGAGGCGUCGGCGUGCGCGGCCGGGGACAGCGCCGCGUACCAGAGGACCUCCUCCUUCGGAGACGAUGUCGUCGUCGUCGCUGCAUACCGCACGCCGAUAUGCAAGGCCAAGCGAGGAGGUUUCAAGGACACGUACCCAGAGGACCUCCUUACUGUUGUUCUCAAGGCUGUUCUGGACAACACUAAAAUCAAUCCAAGUGACAUUGGUGACAUUGUGGUUGGGACGGUGCUAGGUCCAGGUUCGCAGCGUGCAAAUGAGUGCAGAAUGGCUGCUUUCUAUGCUGGAUUCCCUGAAACUGUUCCUGUGAGAACUGUCAACCGACAAUGCUCAUCUGGGUUACAGGCAGUAGCUGAUGUUGCCGCCGCUAUAAAGGCUGGUUUCUAUGACAUAGGGAUUGGUGCUGGUUUGGAAUCCAUGUCGAUAAAUUCCAUUGCUUGGGAAGGACAAGUAAACCCAAAAAUAAGUGCAUUCCAGAAAGCACAGGAUUGUCUUCUGCCCAUGGGAGUUACUUCUGAAAAUGUUGCUCAUCGAUAUGGUGUCACCAGGCAAGAGCAAGAUCAGGCUGCUGCCGAGUCUCAUAGAAGAGCUGCUGCAGCCACAGCUUCUGGAAAAUUCAAGGAUGAGAUUGUCCCUGUCCCAACAAAGAUCGUUGAUCCUAAAACUGGAGAGGAGAAGAAAGUUGUGAUAUCUGUUGAUGAUGGAAUUAGGCCUGGCACCACAGCAUCUGGAUUAGCAAAGCUUAAACCAGUUUUCAAAAAGGAUGGGACUACUACUGCAGGCAAUUCUAGUCAAGUAAGUGAUGGUGCUGGAGCUGUUCUCCUCAUGAAGAGAUCUGUAGCUCUGAAGAAAGGACUUCCUAUUCUUGGUGUUUUCAGGAGCUUUGCUGCUGUUGGAGUGGACCCAGCUGUUAUGGGUGUUGGUCCUGCUGUAGCCAUUCCUGCUGCAGUGAAGUCUGCUGGCCUUCAGAUAGAAGACAUUGAUCUCUUUGAACUGAAUGAGGCAUUUGCCUCUCAAUUUGUCUAUUGCUGCAACAAGCUGGGACUAGACCGAUCCAAAGUAAAUGUGAAUGGAGGCGCGAUUGCCCUUGGACACCCUGUUGGUGCAACAGGUGCGCGGUGUGUGGCUACUCUUCUGAACGAAAUGAAGCGCCGAGGAAGAGACUGCAGAUUUGGUGUUAUAACCAUGUGCAUCGGAUCUGGGAUGGGUGCAGCAGCUGUGUUUGAGCGGGGAGACACGGUGGAUGCACUCUCCAACGUGCGGGAUGCCCAGUCACACAAUUUUCUAUCUAGGGAUGCAAAGUAGAAUUGCAGAAACAUUCUUAUCUAUCUCAAGGCAUCGAUCACAGUACCAUCCUAAAGCAUAAUACGGAAACCCAUAUGUUUAUUUUCACAGAAACUAUGUAUACAAGGAAUAAAGGGCAUCAUAUGGUAUCUUGUUGUAGCCACCCUUAUAGAUGAAAAAGAGAAAGAAAAGGGUGUUGUAACCAAACAGCUCAAUGUUCUGAGCUUAUUCUCUUGCUGGUUUGUUUCCGGAUCGGAAGAGAAAUGAAUUCCACCAUAUUGCCUAUGACCUUAUGUACUUGGACCAAAAGGAUAAAUAGAGCACCUUUGUUCACCGGGAUGAUUGGGAA